GAUGAUGUAUUUGGCUCUGCACCACCCUCGCCAGGUGCAGACAGGACAGUUCAUCAGCCGACGGAUCCAUCAGACAUCCCCCGAUUGAGAAGCACGCAUGUGACCAACGGCUACCGCGAAGGCAUAUCUGCGAGCAAAUCAACGCACAUCCAGGAGGGUUUCGAUGAAGGCUACGCAUUGGGUGCGGAGCUGGGGUUGAGAGUGGGUUGGUGUAUGGGUGUGUUGCGAGGGGUUUUGCAUGCUGUUUCGUCGUCGCACUCGAAUACCUCUGCUACACCCAGCGUACCGGCAGCGGAAAAUGCGAAAUUGACUUCUUCGAUCACAAGGGAGAGCGUACAGCAGAUAAUUCAGGAUGCUGAGGAGGCGCUUACCAUUCAAGCCUUGUUUGGCAAGGACUUCUUUGGCGAGGAUGGCAUUUGGCUGUACGAUGUUCCUGGCCAGGAGUCUGGAGAUGAGGGCAGUGUGACGUUUGCCCUUAUCGCCGAUGCGCACCCUCUGUUAACGAGAUGGAUGACAACUAUUCGUGAAGUCGCG